AUAUACGACCAGAUGUGGUGAUCGUGGAUCAGGUGCUGUGCAUACCGGCGCUGGAGUUAUCAGGUAUACCAUGGGUGGCCACAUGUAGUUUCAAUCCACUGUUUUUCAUACCGGAUGAGCGCACACCACCUUAUAUGUCAGGUCUAUCGAUAACUAGCCCUAAAAGCGAGUGGAAAGUCUUCAAGGAUGCCAUAAACUCAGCUGAAUAUCCUAAUUGGAAAUUAUUUAACGAUUGGGUGGUAUCUCGUGGUAUACCUUCUCUGAAGGCCAAUCGGUUUAAUAGGGACUCAAAGUAUUUAAAUAUUUAUGGCUAUCCACUGGAGUUGGAUUACCUGGACAUCAGAGAAUUGCCUCCGAAGUGGUAUAGAUUUGAUAAUCUUAAA